AUGGCAAGUGCAUGCCUCACAUUACUCCAACCGAUCCUGAUUAAGGCUAUUAUCGGGAACAUUGAAGGCAAAGUCAACGCCUUUAAUAUUUCAUCCGGGUAUGUGUUAGCGGUUCUACUGGGGUUGGUUGCGUUCUGCGGGGCGACAGCUAUUAGUGUAGGCCAAUUUCUCACUACUCGAGUGUCAUGCAAUGCGCGUAUGAUCGUGAUAAACACUGCUUACCGGAAACUUCUCCGACUAUCGGCUGCAGCACGGCGAAGGAUGGAUACAGGAGAAAUCAUCACGCUAAUUGGAGUUGACGGUGACCGAGUGAUGGAGGCGUACAAAAUGGGAUUGUGGUGCAUUGUCGCACCUCUUAUACUAGCCACCGUGAGCGUUCUAAUUGGGAUUCAAAUGGGAUUCAUCGUUGGUCUCGUAGUAGCGCUAACACUAGUGCUCAUUGUGUUCAGUUCUCUGUCCAUGGCAAGAAGAAUUGGAGCAUAUCGCCGACAUAUUUCAAGUAUGAGUGCGAAUCGAGUGAAGCUCACUAACGAAAUUCUCCACGGGAUUCGAGUAAUCAAACUCUACGGAUGGGAAGACAUUGCAAACGAAAUGAUUCGCGAUGUCAGAGUGAAGGAGAUUGCGUUGUUACGGAAAUUCAACAAUCUGCGCCUUACAAGCUCGGCGAUGAUGUUCCUAGCGCCCACUCUACUCAAUCUGGUUUGUUUCUCGACGACAAUACUACUCGGCAACACAUUAGACGUCACCUCGGCAUUCUACGUUAUGGCGCUUACGACUGCAUGUCAAAACGCGUUCAGUGUGUUUGCCGAUGCGACAGUUGCAUUAGCUGAAGCCAUAACCUCGACGAAGCGCUUAACAGAGUUUCUAUAUGCGGAUGAAGUUGUCGACACUAAUAAAGAAUCGAACACCCCAAAACAACUGCCACUGGUCUCUAUAGAAAAUGGAGAUUUCCAAUGGGAGGAGGACGCUGUCAUCCCAACACUUUCCAACAUCAACCUCAUCCUCGAUCCUCAGACACUAACGGUUGUAGUUGGAGCCGUGGGGAGUGGCAAGUCCAGCCUCGUCAACGCUAUCCUUGGAGAAAUAAAACAAGUUCGCGGCGAACGUGUAGUACAUGGUAACGUGGUAUAUGCGAGUCAGCACGCUUGGAUCCAGAAUGACACAGUGCGCAACAACGUCCUUUUCGGUGAGGACUACGACGCGAUUCACUAUCGAAAGGUUAUUGAGUCGUGCCAGCUUCUACCAAAUUUUGAAAUGUUGGACCAUGGAGACCAAACAGAAAUUGGUGAACGUGGUAUCAAUCUAAGCGGUGGUCAGAAAGCACGAAUUGCUCUAGCUCGAGCGUUUUAUCGCUCUCGAAACUUUGACUUCGUGGUGUUGGACGACCCUCUCAGCGCACUCGACAUCCACUGUUGA